GGGCCCGGAAGUGACGCGCAAUGUGGUGGCCCCCGAGGCGGUCCAUGUGGAGGCAGCAGCAAGGGUCGGGCCCGACAUGAAUCCCUUCGCUUGGUAUCCUCCGCCGCCGCCCCCCGUGUUCUGCGCGCCGCCUGCCUGGGAACCCGGCUUCUGGGGGCCGCCCGCCGACUUCGGGCCUCCCGGCGCCUGGUACCAGCCCCCGCCGGCGCCCGGCUACGGGGAGCAGCACCCGGGCCCGCCCCCAGGUGGAAGCUGCCAUUUUGCCUCAGAAUGGCAAGCUGAGCAAACACCCCCGUAUUACAGACGUUCUGGCAGUGGAAACUACAAACAGAAGAACAAAAAGAAAAAAGAACCAGAUUUUGCUCACUAUUGUGAUACGUGUGACCGUGGCUUUAAAAACCAAGAAAAGUAUGAUGAACACAUUGCACAGCACACACAGUGCCCAGAAGAGGGUUGCAGUUUUCGUGCACACGAGAAGUUAGUUCAGAUACAUUGGAAGAACAUGCAUGCUCCUGGUGUUAAAAGAAUUAAAUUGGAUACUCCAGAGGAGAUCGCUAAGUGGAGAGAGGAAAGAAAAAAAAACUUCCCUACAGUGGCCAACAUUGAAAAGAAGAAAGUAUUGCAGAAAGAGAAAGAAGAGAGAGGUGAAGUGCUGACAACUCUGCAGUUUGGCAAAAUGAAGGGUAUGUGGAAAGCGCCUCAAGAAGAAGAAUCUUCAGGGCAGCAGGAAAAACAGAAGAGAAAGCAGAAGCGUCAAUUCUGGAAAAAGUUUAAGAAAAGUGGUGAAGGUGCUAAUGCAUCACCACAGAAGGCACAAAGUGUAGCCAGUGGACCAGAAGACCAUGCAUUUCAGAAGGAACCUAAAAAACAGCCUGUUUCAGAGGCCCAGGCUUGUGCAAAGGAUGUGGAUCCACUUAGCAUUCUGGCUAAUAGUGAUGCUGAAUCUGACAAGGAUGAAGCAGCCACGGAGGAUGGAAAGGUGGGACUAACUGUAAUUCCAAAGCAGGUAACCUCGGCCCUGAGCUCACUUGUGGCUAACUAUGGCAGUGCAACGGAUAGUGAUAGUGAGCCAGAAGAAAUUCCUGUCAAGAUUGUAACUAAAGCUCUUGAGGAAAACCAGAUCAUGCUGAGAAAUGCUCCUCAGGCUUCAAAUAUACCUCACAGUCUGAAUAAUGUGAACCACGAAGAACAUACAAAGUGUACGAGUGCAACAUUAAGAAGCUCAAAUACAAACACAGGGGCUUACAGAGGUUCUAAUAAACGGGGAAAGAAGUCUCUCCCAGUACCAUCCAAACGUCGUCCAACAUUUCUGGAAAUGUUAUUGGCCCAGGACAUACGCCAUGAAAGGAAUGUGAUUUUGCAGUGCGUACGAUACAUCAUCCGAAAUGACAUGUUUGGACUUCAGCUGAAGGCAGAGCCAGUAGCUAAAGCAGAGGCCGGACAGGCUUCUAGAGAUGCAGUAGAAUUUUUGACAGACAGACUUGAUGGGUACAAUGAUUCUUGUAGCUCUGACCUUCAAUUAGCAGGAGGAGAACAGAAUGCAUUAUUUAUAGCUCAGAGUGAGAAAGCAGUCUUAGCUCAGACAUCAAAAAUGAUUCAGUCUGUGGAUGAGGAGAUAUGGGAAACCCCAGCAGUGCAGUGUGAAGAAAACUGAUGUUUGCUACAUUGUGUCUGUUCGGGUUGAGAGACCCCAGACUUCCAUUUUUUUGUUUUGGUUUUGUUUUUUUUUAUACACAUGACAGAUAUAUAUUUUUUGAAAGACGUUAGGAUAGCAAAAUAACCAAUCGUAUUUUGGAUCUCAAGAACCUUUAAAAUAAUCUAAGACAUUUGCCAGAAGUGACCAUUCCCAUUAGAAAACUGUCUCCAUUUUUGGGUGAUUCUGACUUGAGUUGAAAAGCAGCAGUGGCAUAACAGAAUUUUAAUCUUCAACAGCAAUAUUUCCUUGCCUCUUUUUCAACUGAGGACUGCUUCAAUGCACACCAGGCCAGUGUUUAGUCAGCAUCCGGUCAAAAUUCUGCUGUUGUAAAACGGGGUUCUCUAACUUUUUAGCAAGCAGUUACGGCUGGAGGGUGCGCAAUGUUGUGGAAUACAAAUUGAAUACAGCUCACAGGUUUUACUGGUUCGAAGUAUUAAACUGAAGAAAUAAAAUAAUUUGGUUUGGCACUAUGAAAACAUCA